AACCGAUUCAGAGGCAGUACCGAAAGGAAGUAUCGUUCAGGAAGUCAAAGUCGCUAUUGCGACGUUCACAACUUGUAGACAUAGUUAAAUGGUAAACGUACAGUCAGAAAUAUAUAGAGAUAUAUAAACCGGACGGCACUGUUUUCUAACCAGUUUGCAUGCUAGCCUCUAGCGAUGGACAAGCUUCGUCGUGUGCUAAGCGGCCAGGAGGAAAAUGAAGAGCUGGGACUCACUGCACAGAUCCUUGAUGCCUCCACUCUCAGCUACAGUACCAGGGUGAAAUGGUUCAUCAUAUGCUUUGCUGGGGGCAUCCUGUGUUCAAUACUCGGUACAGCACUGUUGUUCCUUCCAAAUGGAAUCAAGCUUUUCGCUGUCUUCUACACACUAGGGAAUGUCGCAGCUCUUGCCAGCACCUGCUUCCUAAUGGGACCACUUAAACAGCUGAAGCGCAUGUUUGAACCAACAAGACUGAUAGCCACCAUUGUGAUGCUGCUCUGCCUUGUCUUAACACUCUGUGCAGUGUUUUGGUGGCAUAAAAAGGGACUGGCUAUCAUCUUCUGUAUUCUGCAGUUUUUGGCAAUGACAUGGUAUAGCAUCUCUUACAUUCCAUUUGCCAGGGAUGCUGUGAUGAAAUGCUUCACAACCUGUCUGAGUUAGGACGCAGAGUUCACAAUUUCAUAUGAAGACUGGUCCUAAUAUGCAAACUGCAAGAAGAGUGGCUCUGUAAAAUAUAAAUCUAUGUUGUUUAUACACUAUAUCUCCAAAUUUUUUUUACUGUGGCUGUUUCAUAAUGUGAAGUUUUGCUUUUUAGGUCUUGCUGAAGGUCUGUAACAAUAAUCAGAUUCUAACACUUUCAGUCUUUUUGCCUUUGUUGUGCGAGAAACGAAUGCCUUUAAUGCUUAAUAUAUUUAAAGAUAAUUCAGAGGAUUUUAUAUCAUUUAAAUGCAGGGAAAUUAUUUCAACUUGCCUAUACAUUGUAAUUUACAACACAAGUGCCUUAACAUUGAGCAUACACAUAUGACAGACCUGUUGACCCGCCGUACAUAUUUACAUCUUUUAACAGUGUGAAAUUCUCUUUACUUCUGGAUUUCUUCUGACUUCUUACACACACACAUUAUUAAAACACAUUGUCUUUCUGUUUUUCUGUCUGUGUAUGAGGCACUGAUGCAUAAAGAGGCUCUCAGAUGCUGUUCCAUGUUUAUAUAUGAUCAUUUUCCCUGAGGCAGUGGGGGCACUGCUUCACUGAUGAUGCACAGGGAUAUAUGAUAUCCACUGCUCUUCUGAGGUCUUUCCAGUUAAAUUAAAAAAGCAGCCCCUGUCUAGUCUGUUAGUCUUCAAUGCACAUUUGAACACACCUGCCCCCCCCCUCCCCCCCAGCUCAACAAAUUACAUUAAAAUUGCUUCUCUUUUUUAAAUUUGAUUUCCUGCCAGAUGUAGCAAUGACCCAGUUAAUUACGCUUUUCUGAGCAUUGAGGUUUGACGUGACCUAAUAACCCAAUAUAGCUUGCAUCGGGUUCCCCAUAGUGGUUCAGUGUGAUGGCAUAGCCUUUGAGGAUGUGGUUGUCAUGACAACCUCCUUCAGAAGAUUCAUAACCUCUGCCUACCCCCCAUCUGUGGUACAGAUGCUCACAUUAUCCUGUUGAGAAUGUGUGUUUUCGUUUUAUGGCACACCUUGGACCGGCACUCAGUCAUGAAUACAUCGCCAAAUUCUGGUUUACACCAGCAAUUAAUAAAUAAAGUAAAACCAUUUUUACACCAGUCUCUGCAUUAAAAAAAACUUUAAUGCAUCCUAUUAUCCAUCAGUUGCAGGAUUUGCCCAGAAACAUGCCUCAAGGUUUUCUUUGUUGCUGAUGUGACUAAAUAAUUGCAUUUUCCUUCCUGUUGUGCAGCCCCCACAUAGUUUCUUUAGAUGAUUGUAUAAUGUGUUGGUGGAUUAACAUGGACAAAAUCUCCACUCAGUACGACUUGUUCAACUAACUUGGCAAAGACCCAGCAAAUCCCUCUCAAAGUAAUCUUGGGGAUAAAAUAAUUCAGUUGAAUGAAGGGACUGUGGUUGUUUUUGUGAUCUGUUUUCUUUACCCGCCAUUUUUGGAUUACGCCACUUAAGUUUGAGGAUGAAGGGGAAGUAUCCCGACCUCAGCAAUCUGUUAGUGUAUCAGCUGCAUCCUCUUCAUUACAUCUAAUCCUUUCUUAUGUCAGAAGAAGGCUUCCACGCCACAACAACCACUGCAAUUAAACAAAUCUGUGUCCUGUUCAGCUCCA